CUUGGUCGUUGACACUCCAUCUGAAUUAGCGGGUACUACGAUACAAUAUGUUUGUUCACCAAGGCUGCCUUCCGUGGCUUCUAGCUGCUUCCUGCACCUUGUGUGGCUUACUGCUGUGCUGGUCUCGAAGGGUAGAACAACAGCGAAAGUCACCGAAAUCAGACAUUCCAUGUAUGGUGCGCGCCCGCUGCCUGAAUUUUCCCUGCCUUUCUGGAUUUUGCUGGGCAUCACUGGACAGCGGCCGCGUGCUACGUUCUAGACAGUCUCUGUCUCUUCGCGAACGUUCGCUCGCUGAUACCGGCCAUGACGUCUGCGUCCACAUCGCUCGCGGCCUCGAGGUAUAUAAUCCCCUCGCCCAUCCGCUUCUGCUCUUCAAUACAAAACAAAUAAAAAUAAUUUGCUGAGACACUCGCUACGCUUCGCUCUACUUCACUCUAUAAGCUCUUCUUCCUUCGCGACCGCAAGACUCGACAUGUCCCUCUCGACAUUCUUCUACGAGCCUUUCUAUUCCCUCGCCGACUUUGACCGCCUGUUCGACGAGGCGUUCUCCGCUCGUGCUGGCU